AUGCCUAUUGGCGGCCGCCUCAUAUCAAUGCAUGCAUGCGGCACCCAAUGUGAGCCGUCCAUCCAAGCAGUACAUGCGGCACUCAAUGGGAGCCGUCCCUCCAAGCAGUACAUCCGGCAUGCGGCACCCAAUGAGAGCCCAUUCACCACCAAAGUCACAUCACAUGAUCAAAUCAUGACGUCGACUUCGUGCAUGAAUUGGAUGCAGUGGUUGCAGUGGUUACAAAUGGUACACCACCCUGUUUUCAUCACUUUCAACCAACCAACCAACCAUGACACUGUCAUCCAUGCACACAUCUUGCUGGCCCAAGAGGCCAGCAAAAAAGUUGACUGGUCAUUUGAAGAGGACACCUCCAACCUCGAGGGUGGUAUUACCAUCAGAUAUCCAGAAUAUUUCUUGAGCUUAGGAGUAGUGGAAAUGGAUAGAGUUGAAGAGCUUGAGGGCUUGAUUGGAGCAGGAGUCUGCUUACGAGUCACAGGACAUGAUUGGUUGUUCAGGCUGUGGUACUUGCAGCAGCAGGAGUGUCAGGAGGGCCUUGGACUUGACCUUUCUGAAAUAUGGAAUUGGCAGGCUGUGAUGCCAGAGGAUCCUUCAUCUUCAGCCUCCAUCUUCAUCUUUACCUGCCUUUUUGCUCUGAUGGGAUGGUAA